ACAAAAAUACGAACAGGAACUGCUCAUUUCUGUUCGAAUGUACUGAGAGGCAGGAAGUGAAUUGUUCAUUUCAGGUUUCCUCUUAAACAAUUUCUGACCCUCACAUGGCGCAUCGUUUGAUUCUCUUUGGCUUUUUAUUGUGCACAAGAGGCACAUUGAGCAUGAAGACGUUGAACCACGUAACUGUGAGAACUGGAGGAAAUGUUACUAUCCCAUGUCUGUAUGAUGACCAGUAUAAACUAAACCAAAAAUACUGGUGUGAAGGGCAUCUAUGGACCUUGUGCCAGAUUAAAGCACAUACAAACAAAACUGCUAAAUGGCAAGUAACUGAUUACCCAGCAAAGAAUAUUUUUACUGUGCAACUCAACAAUCUGUCAGCCUCUGAUUCUGGAUAUCACUGGUGUGCUGUAGAGAUUGGUACCCAUGCCAACCCCGAUGACAAAGAAAGUUUGUAUUUAACAGUUAAAACAGAUCCUGAUGUCUCUGUGGUGAGCAGCAGUGUAACUGGACUGGAAGGUGGUAAUAUCAGUGUCCAGUGUUUUUACAGUUUUGGAUAUAAGACUGCACAUAAACGGUGGUGCAGAUUCAAAGACAAGAUAUGUUACAAAGAGGGUAGGACUAACACAUCCCAGAAUUCAUCAGUCCAGAUUAGUGAUGAUGGGAGAGAAUCCUUCACUGUGUUGAUGACUGGACUGACAGAGAGUGAUUCUGGCUGGUACUGGUGCUCUGUAGGAGAUCUAGAGGUUCCUGUUCAACUCUUUGUUCAAUGGGACACUGAAAAGUAUAGAACCUCAGAUAAUGCUGGUUCUGCUUUUCCUACAUGUGAAAAUGACCAAACGGCAAGACAUGAUACAGAGGACAGAAAUGGGAUUUUACUGCUACUCUGGAUUGCUGGGCCGUUACUUCUGCUACUGAUGGUGGUUUUGUUAACCUGGAGGAUCAAACGAAAACACAAUGGAGCUUUGGUCACACAAGCACCCGAUGCAACUUCUAUGACAGAGGGUCCUCUCUGCUAUGACACAGUGGUCUUCAAGAAAGGAAAGGAUCAUGAUCAAGACCAGAUCUCCACUAGCUGUUGAAGGGGAGAAGCGGGAGAGAGAAGAGGGGGCAGCAAGGUGAUUUGCAAUUUAUCACACUGUGGUGAUAUUCAGGUGUAGAUUUCAGCUUUUGCGAGAGAGUUCUAUGACGUUGAUUCUCCCAGAGUUCUUUGACUUUUACUGGAAAUGCCGCCUUUUGGGUGUAGACAUCCUGGUGCCAGCCUUACAUUAGUUUAAUAAUUUUAAACCAUGACCUGCACUGCACAUAUAUAACUAAUAUUGGCAUUAUAUUCAUGAUGUUAGCCAGAGGGGAACUGGCCCCCACAGUGAGCCUGGUUUCUCCCAAGGUUAUUCUUCUCCAUUAACCAACAUCUUACGGAGUUUUGUGUUGCUUGCCACAGUCGCCUUCAGCCUGCUCACAGUGGUUCUAAAUACUAAAUAUUAUUUAAUUACCUAUUUUUAUACACACUUCAUAAUCAUAUUUAAUCAAACUACACAAUGAUGAAUCUAAGACUUUAUAGAUAUUAUGGUUUUAUUUUCUGUUAAGGCAUGAUUUUCUGUAAAGCUGCUUUGAAAUGAUCUGUGUUGAGAAAGGUGCUAUGCAAAUAAAAAUUACUUGACACACACACACACACACAUCUCAAAUGAAGGCAUAAUUUAUUCAGAUAAAAUUAGGUGGUUUAUUUUUUAUCGACAUUUGAGAUAAAUACACAAACUAUUGUGUUGUUGAGCUGAAGCGUAACAUCUUGAGCUGUAACAAAUAUUUAUAUACCCUGAUAUGAUAUAUACAUAUUUGUCUGUAUAAUGCUGAUGUAAAACAACAACAAAAAAUGAUCAACAUCCUAAAAACCCCCAAUACUGUUAUAUUGAAAAAACGUCCAUAUCUAAUAGCUUACAAAAACUGAGCUGUGAAUCUAGAGUACCAUUUGCUUAUUCACAGUGUUAGUUCAACAGAGGUCAAGAAGAGAGUAAAUGUCCCUCAAAGAGAAUAUAGAUGCAAAUACUUAAGUGUUGUCCUUACUGUCUUCCUUUCACAAACAUACCACCCAUCCGCUUUUGGUUCUGGUUUUCACAAGGUUACUCUCUUGUCUGCAGCCUGCCUUUCAACAUAAAAAUAAAUACAAACAGGAAUGCAUCUGAUAGAUAAAGAUACUUGAAAUAUGAAGACAGCAUCUGCUAGAAGGAUAUCAAAGCUAUUCACACUGCCUAACGCAAGCAGAAAAAAUUAAAAUGUUUGACACAGGAAUGUCAAAUCUCUCCAGAAAUGUCCUUUGCUGUCUUUGCAGUCCCUUUCCAAGAGUCUGUUGAAAUCUUUUGACCUAAAUCUGUGUUUGCAUUUCACAGUUAGAGAAAAACUAAACUUUUGGUAGUUUCAAUUAAUCUCUUCCUUUCAAGGUAGGUCUAAAAUAUUUCCAAAGACAUUCAUUACACAUGUAAUUGGCUCUCAGAAAAUUCCUCCAGUGAAUCAUCCUGUCAUAUAAAAAGUAGGACUGUUCUCUUAAAGGAAUAGUUCACACAAAAAUGAAAAUUCUGUGAACAAACCAAACACAUGGUGUUAAAGGAAUAUUCCGGGUUCCAUGCAAGUUAAGCUCAAUCGACAGCAUAAUGCUGAUUAC